AGCAAAACCCAGGGACGCAAAUACAAUUAACUCCAGCUGCGGUAUUUAAUCUUCUCUUCUUGGAAGUGAAGGAAGCUGAUUUGACUGUUGGUCAUAUAUAAAAACCCAGGAGCCUGUAUUCUACCUUAUUAGCUUCUUUAUACGAAUGUGAUGCUGAAGCUAACUCUGAGGACUUAGCGUUUUCACCAAAGCAAUUUAGAUUCUCCUCCAUGUUUUAGCAUCUGGAAAUGGAUUGGAGUAUCUGCAUUUUUCAUCAAGGUCUGAACUUUUUGUUUUUGGGAUGAACAGAAAGUCUCAAACUUUACUGAUCCAAAUAGUAUUUGUAGAGAUUUGGACAUCUGGGGAUUGUUGGAACUGCUGAAGAGGUUGAUUGACCUGCGGCAUUAUUUGGUGUUUUCAUCUUAACAUAUACUGAAAGCUCCUAUUUAGACAGUUUCUGAGCAUAUUCAAUUUUGGAAGUUCACCAUACAACAGUUUUGCAAUGUCAUUGUUGUCAAAAUUGCGUUGCAUUACGGUGGAUGUUACUGGUACAUUGAUAGCUUACAAGGGGGAGCUUGGUGACUACUAUUGCAUGGCCGCCAAAUCUGUAGGGCAGCCAUGCCCUGACUACAAAAGGAUGCAUGAAGGCUUCAAAUAUGCAUAUAAAGAUAUGGCCAGCAAGUAUCCUUGUUUUGGGCAUGCUGCAAAAAUGCCCAACAUCGUAUGGUGGAAAACUUGUGUCAGAGAUUCCUUUAUCAGAGCUGGAUAUCAUUAUGAUGAGGAGACUUUUGAGAAAGUGUUUCGGCGCAUAUAUGCAUCCUUUGGUUCUGCUGCUCCUUAUAGCAUCUUUGCUGAUUCCCAACCAUUUCUGAGAUGGGUCCGUGAACAAGGUCUUAAAGUUGGACUUGUUAGCAAUGCAGAAUACCGGUAUCAGGAUGUCAUUCUUCCAGCCUUGGGUUUGAACCAGGGAUCUGAAUGGGACUUCGGUGUGUUCUCUGGUCUUGAAGGUGUGGAGAAACCAGACCCGAGGAUUUAUGAGAUUGCGCUCGAGAGGGCUGGGAACAUAAAACCAGAAGAGGUUCUGCACAUAGGGGACAGCAUGCGCAAAGACUACUUGCCAGCAACAAGUAUUGGGAUGCAUGCACUGUUAUUGGAUAGGUUUAAGACAUCUGAUGCUGAGGAAUGGAGGAAAUCUGGCGUGGUUGUGCUUCCAGACUUGGAAGCAGCAAAAGAAUGGCUUACUUCGGAGAAGUCAGCAUGCUGAGGGGAUUUUUUUUUUCCUGGAAAUGCGUUGUAAUUUAACACCCUUUGAUCAAUCGAACUUUGUUGACUACUACUUGACAGCAGUUCUAUUUCCCCAAUUUAUUUCUAUAGAAUAACUUCACCUCA